UUUUCCACUGCUGUCGAACGAACUCGUGGGAGGAGCUUUGACGCGGAACGACGACGACGACUACGACUCCGAGCUCCAGCAAGCGACGACGAUGGCGCCCAGAGCAAUCGCCAGUCCGGUGCCGGACUCGCUGUACCCGACCCUGGCCUUCCUCAUGCUCGCGAUCGGCCUCGUCUUCACCGCCGCGUUCUUCAUUUAUGAGACAACCUCCUCAAGACGGAACCUUAGCCUUGUCAAGGAGGUAACUACAGGGGCAGUGGCAUCGGUCUUCCUGGGAUUCGGGUCCUUAUUUCUUCUUCUCUCAUCGGGCGUUUAUGUUUGAUGCUUGAGUCACUUCGAUUGAGUUGGUUGCUGUUAUCCGACUGGAUAUAGUUAUCUAUAACGGACAAUGUCCUCGUGAAUGCUGGGAAAAGUUUUGGCAGACUUAAUCAGGGAGGUUUUCAUUUGUAGAAUGACAUAGUGAUUUCUCAAAGCCAAUGUUGUUUGAUUCCCCAUGGCUACCGAAAUAUAUCUGAAUGCUUUACAUGCUUUGUGGAACUUAA